AUGCACAACCACCUCUGCCGCCGGAAAAGAAAGGAAGUUUACUCGGGAAGCCCACGACAGCAAUCUUGGAGGGUCAGGAGGGACCUGGAGCGCAGGCUGCAAGGCGGACAACCUCGGCACAGAAAAGCUGAGGAGUAUCUGCGGCUGUCCCAGGUGAAGUGCACGGGGUUAAUGGCUCAAAUGACGGCGACAAGCAGCGCUGUGAUGUGCCUGGACCUGGCAGCGAGUUUCAUGAAACAACCGGUUGACAAAAGCUAUUGUGUUAAACUCUCUGGUUUGAACAAGACCACCUACCAGAGCUCCAUGAAGUCUUUGGAGUGUUUGCUAGAGGUGAACCAAAGGCUGGGGAUGCGAGACUUGGCUGUGCAGUUUUGCUGCUCAGAGGCAGUGAACAUGGCUUCAGAAAUCCUGCAGAGGUACGAAUGCGGCCUCUCCGAAGCACAGCGAGCGGAUCUGGAUUUCUCCAAACCCCUGUUUCUAACAGCUGCACUGUGCACUGCAUGCAGGUGUUUGAAGCUAAAAGUGGACAAAACUAAAAUGUUGGCUACAUCUGGAGUGAAAAAAGCAAUCUUUGACCGGCUUUGCACUCAGCUGGAGAGGAUAAGCCAGCAACUCAGCAAAGAUGUUCCACUGGCUGCAGAGACAUCUGACAGCUUGCAGAGUGCCCUGGAGCAGUGUGAGCAGGAAGAGGGCUCUGAAGAGGAUGAGGACAUGCCAUGUAAACGGCCAAAGACUGAAACAAAUCAGGACUAUGAAGAAUGGAAAAAGAAAAUCCUGGAAAACGCUGCUAAGGCGCAAGAGACAAAGAGUACUGACUCUGUAAUGCCUCCCAGUAAUGUAACUGCUGCUUGCUCUUAAUUUUAACUCUCCCUCUGCUCUAACAGGAGAUCUAGUAGCACAUGAGUAAUGGCUGCCUGGCAGACAGCUGAGUUUAUUUAGGUUUUAAGUAUUUAAGAAUACUAUUUUUAAUAAAUGACACCACGGAGUGAUGGGAUUUUACAGGAAAUGUGACUGCUCACCCGGCUGUGGCAUUAGGGGUAGAAUAGCUUCAUUCUCUUGCUGCAAGAAGCAGGUAACAUUCUAAUGCUACUUUAAGUGUAAAUAAGUUAUAAGUUACAGACCCUUGGGCCACUGGCUGGAAGCAGUCAGUGAAAUAAGAGGAAGGUGAUUAACAGUGCCUUGUUAAACUGCAAAGCCAGCAGAGAAAUAAAGCCUUAUUUUUGUAGUUUUUUGGGUUUUUUUUUUAAUAAAUAUUGUUCAGUCAAUGAAUGUGACUUGUUUUCAUGUGUAUAGGAAUGAAAUCUCUUGUGCUU